GCCCCUCGGUCUAAUACGACCUGACACGGUAGCUCUCUGAACCCACGACCGGACGCCUAUUGCACAACGUUCUCAGCCGAAGCAUCACCUCUGUUUUCAGUCUUGCUAGUUCACUCGCACCGUGUAUAUUGCGAUGAAUGAUGUGGCAGUGGAUUGCGUUCGGUUAGAGGGCUUGGUACUCCUCAAACUAAUAAAACAAUAUCAAGAUGAAGCAAUAUCAAGCCAGAACUCCGUUAGCGGGAUUCUGCUUGGUUUAUUGAAAGGUCGUGUUCUGGAAGUCACGAAUUGCUUUCUUUUGCCCAAAGUGCAAGAAGACGAUCCAAAUGCAAAUGAAUUAUUGAACAGUUUUGAAGUCAGCAUGAUUAAAAACCUCAGACAGUUGAACAUCGAUUAUCUUAACGUUGGAUUUUAUCAAAGCGGACCUGGAGGCAUCUCAAUUAACAGAGCAAAUUUAGACAACUUUUACCAGUGCCAGAUGAGUCUUCCGGAAUCGAUCCUUUUGACUUACGAUCCGGCACGUACCACUCGUGGGCAAGUGGGACUAAAAGCGUAUCGUCUCUCAGCGGAUAUUUUCCAUGCAAGGUCUGGAGCGGAGAUGCGUUUGCGAAUUUCACCGACGUCUAAGGGUGCUGAAGUUGCCUGGGAAUGUGAAGCUGCAUCGGCCCUGGGGCGCAACACCUUCACCCGCAUUCUUGACGAAAUUCCUGUGGUUAUUAACAACUCACAUUUGGUAAACAUCCUCUUGUCGGACAUUGUCAGUGACCAUGAACUUUCCAAAUCCACUUCGUCGAAUAAUUCAUCUAUAUUAGAUCUGGCACCUCCACUUCCUAGCGAUCACCCCGGCCUAUAUUCCGCCCUCAAUCUGAGCAUGGCAUCCAGCCUCGAACAACAACUGCGGUCUCUACUUGCCGGACUGGACACGGUGCAUGAUUAUCAGUAUCUCUACCAACGGAAUUUGGCCAAGUCACAAGGUUCUGGAUUGGGAAAGUCUAAUCAAGAAGCCCGCAUACGCGAGCUGGCUCCUAUUCGCUUAGAUACCGCUCUAAUUUCCGGCCAGCUGGACUUUUACUGCUCAAGCUUGUCGCAAAUGGCAGGACAGACGAUGGGCAAGCUGAUGAUGACACAGACUCUGCAAUCGACGCGACAACCAAUUAGUGGACCAAAAUGACCGGAACUCGCAUGUAGCUCAUUCUUUCCUUCGGAUGAUGGCAAUACAUUGAUUUCUCGUAC